AUGGCUAUUAUACAUGGCCAAAAACUUGAAAUAUAUGCACCAUCAUCUGAACAACCAAUAUUAGAUAAAACAAUACGUAUAUUUAAUGAAUCUGAAUUAUUAAUUGAAAAUUUUUUUAUUGAUUCAUCAAAUGUUGAUAAACUUAUGAAAUAUAAUAGCCUUGAAGAAAGAAAAGGAAAAGAUAAAUUUAAUAAUUUUAGAUUUUUAUUUUAUAAAAGAUUAUUUAGAAAUCAUGGUAUAACACAUUUAAAUAAUUUUUUAAUACAUUUAAAAUAUCUUGUUAAAGAUAAACAAGAAAGUCAUCAAUUAUGUGCAGCUGAAUUAAUUGCUGGUCUAAUACGUGGAUCAAAACAUUGGCCAUUUAAUAUGGUUAAUGAUAUGUGGAAUUUAUUAUUACCAAUAAUAGGUGAUGCCCUAAAUAACAUUAGUACUGAAACAGUUAAUGAUUGGGCACUAUGUUUUGGUUCUGCUGUUGCUAAAAGAGAUCCAAAUAGACAUCAUUGGUUGUAUGAAUGUUUAAUGGAAUAUACAAUUGUCAAUGAUUCAACAGCAUCAUUGCAUGAAUCAUCAAUAUUAUUUUGUUUACAAACAAUGUUAUUACAACAAUCAUGGCGUUUAACUGAACUUAUGAAACGUUUAUUAAUACGUGUUGAAAAUCGUUUAAUUGCAAAUCCAUUUCAAAAUAUACGUGAUUGUCUUGGUAGUGUUAUAACAUCAAUUUUUUCAGCUGAUUAUGAUCCUGGUACUGGUGUUAAAAAUAAUAAAACACAAUUAUAUACAGAAGAUUUUAUAAAUAAAUAUUUACCAAAUUUAUUAAAAUUAACAAAUGAUGAUGAUCAUUUUCUUGAACUUGAUGGAAAAAAAGAAAGUGUUAGUUUAUUAAAAACACUAUGUAAAUGGUUAAUAACAAAUGGAUAUUCAUCACAAUAUGGUUCAUUACCAAGUUUUUCAUUAAUAUUACCAGUACUAUGUCAAUUGGAAAAUUAUGAACCAGAUGAUGAAUUAAGAUUAACAUGUAGAAGAGCAUUAUCAACAAUGUCAGAAUCAUUAAGAUUACCAAGACAUAUGGAUAAAUUAUUUAAUGAUUUAUUUAUUGUAUCAAAUAUGACAUCAUGGUCAGCACGUUCAUCAUGUCUUAGUUUUAUUGAAGUAUUUGUUUUUUAUAAUAUGGGUGUUAUAUUAAAUAAUAAAAUAUGGACAGAUAAAGUUUUAGAAAUUGUUAUGAGAUUAUUAUCUGAUGAUAGAGUUGAAGUUAGAGAAAAAGCUGGUAAUGUAUUAUGUGGUUUAUUACAUUGUAAUUUUAUUGCUGAACAAGAUAAAUUAUUAAAGCAAUUAAAAAAUAAAUCAAAAAUUAAAAUUAAUAAUAAUGAUGAUUUACGUGUAAGACAUGCUGGUGUACUUGGUUUAUGUGCAUUUGUAAGAGCUCAUCCAUAUGAUUUACCAAAAUACGUGCCUUCAAUAUUUGAAUAUUUAAAUUAUUGUCUCAAUGAUCCACAACCAAUUCCUACAACAAUUAGAAAAACACUUGGUGAUUUUAAAAGAACUCAUUAUGAUGGAUGGACUGUUCAUGCCCAAUGUUUUACAGAAGAACAAUUAGGAAUAUUGCAAGAUUUAUCAGUGCCACCUUCUCAUUAUGCAUAAAAAAUUUAUAUAUAUUAUCAAUUUAUCAAUCAAAUAUUAUAUACAUAAGAUAGAUCAUUAUUAUUUUUUAUUUUAUAUGAUUGGUGUAGCUCUUCAAAAUCUUCGUUUUGUUGGACUUGGAUUUCUUCGACUAUUAUCAGCAUUUGAUAGUAUUGCAAUACGGUCUUUUUGCUCACUUCUCCAUCUUGGCAUAAACGGACUAUUAUCAGCUGGUCGAGAACCAGGUGUACGUCCGUUAUUAUUAGAUGAU